AGUCAGAUGUCUGGCAUGGAGCGCAGCAGGGUGCUGCUGGAGGCUGCCAGGAUUAUCCGGGAACAGAGAGACGAAAUUGCCACCUUGGAAACCAUCAACAAUGGGAAAUCCAUCUUUGAAGCCAAAGUGGACAUUGACAUAUCCUGGCAGUGCCUGGAGUACUAUGCAGGACUGGCAGGAUCUCUGGCUGGUGAACACAUCCAGCUUCCUGGGGGAUCCUUUGGGUACACUCGGAGAGAGCCUCUUGGAGUGUGUGCUGGGAUUGGAGCCUGGAAUUACCCUUUCCAGACUGCCUGCUGGAAGUGUGCCCCAGCCUUGGCUUGCGGCAACGCGAUGGUCUUCAAGCCUUCUCCCUUCACCCCUAUUACAGUGGUGAGGUUGGCAGAGAUCUUCACAGAAGCUGGUGUGCCUAAGGGGCUCUUCAAUGUGGUGCAGGGUGGAGCAGCCACAGGCCAGUUGCUCUGUCAUCACCCAGAUGUGGCCAAAAUCUCUUUCACUGGCAGUGUGCCAACUGGCAGCAAGAUCAUGGAGAUGGCAGCCAAAGGGAUCAAACCUGUCACCCUGGAGCUGGGGGGCAAAUCCCCCCUGAUCAUCUUUUCAGAUUGUGACAUGGAGAAUGCCAUAAACGGAGCCCUCAUGGCCAACUUCCUUACACAGGGCGAGGUGUGCUGCAAUGGCACGCGGGUGUUUGUGGAGAGGAAGAUCCUGGAUGCCUUCACAAAGGAGGUGGUGAAACGCACUCAGAAGAUUAAAAUUGGAGAUCCUCUUCUGGAAGACACGCGGAUGGGAGCCCUCAUCAACCGGCCCCACCUGGAUCGUGUCCAGGGCUUUAUCAAGCAGGCAAAGGAGCAGGGAGCAGAGGUGCUGUGUGGUGGGGACCUGUAUGUGCCAGAUGACCCAAAGCUGAAGAAUGGCUACUACAUGCAACCCUGCGUGUUAGGGAAGUGCAAGGAUGACAUGACAUGUGUGAAGGAAGAGAUCUUUGGGCCUGUCAUGUCCAUUCUGCCAUUUGACACUGAGGAGGAGGUCUUGGAGCGAGCCAACAACACCAAAUUUGGCCUGGCAGGUGGUGUCUUCACCAGGGAUAUCCAGAAGGCUCACAGGGUAGUGGCUGCUCUCAAGGCUGGGAUGUGCUUCAUUAACAACUACAAUGUCAGCCCUGUGGAGCUGCCUUUUGGAGGAUACAAACAAUCAGGGUUUGGCAGAGAGAAUGGGCGGGCAGCCAUCGAGCACUACACACAGCUGAAGACUGUCUGCGUGGAGAUGGGCAAUGUGGAGUCUGUGUUUUAGUGGUUCUGGGUCUCAU